AUGAGCCAUUUGAUGGGUUCGGCAUUGUCGGCACCCACGUCACCCGCGAUCAAAGCCAGGGAAGAUGAUCAUCGCUUGGAUGGCGGCCAUGCGCAUGGCCCAUUGCCCCCGCCCGGCGCUCCAGCAUUGACAAAGGCGCUGAACACUCUGAAAGCCGCUGACUCCGCGACGCCGCAUCCCCAAAAUGGCCCUCCAUACGACUCGCCCUAUUCCCGCAGCAUAUCCUCCACGGCGCCUACAUCACCCCGGAUUCCACCUGUUAGACAAAAUUCCGGGAGUCAAACACCGAGGGUCCGCCCGCAUGCGACCACACUCAACAUCCCGGGAAUGACCCGUUCGAGGGCGUCUCCCGAUGGCCGUAUUCCCGACAGAGACGUGGCCGCCAAGUUGGUCAUCAUCAUGGUCGGCCUGCCAGCCAGAGGCAAAUCGUACAUUACCAAGAAGAUACACCGCUACCUGUCGUGGCAGCAGCACAAUACCAGAAUCUUCAACGUGGGAAACCGCAGGCGCCUUGCUGCUGGCGUGGCUAAUCCCGCCGACACUUCUCCGACUUCAGUGGCCAACAGGACCGAUGUGCCUAGCCAAGCGGCGACCAUUCUGUCAAAAGGCGCAAAAGGCCCCGACAUUGUCGUGGAGGAGCCAACCAAGCUAGACCUCAACACUCCGGCGACUACCUCGACGCAUUGCCCAAAGAUGGACCAGUCGGCCAAGUUCUUCGAUCCUAAAAACGAAGCCGCGGCCAAACUCCGCGAGCAGGUCGCUCUAGACACACUUGAUGAGCUCCUUACAUACCUUCUGCACCAGGGCGGCGCCGUGGGAAUCUUGGAUGCCACCAACAGCACCAUCAAACGACGGCAACUGCUUGUGCAGAGGAUCAAAGCGAGGGAGCCAAAGCUGGGCAUUCUCUUCAUCGAGAGCGUAUGCCAUGAUCAGAAUCUUCUCGAGGCAAACAUGCGCCUAAAACUUUUUGGACCUGAUUACAAGGGUCAGGAUCCCUACAAGGCCUUGGAAGAUUUCAAGCAACGAGUCAAGGCAUAUGAGAGCGCGUAUGAGCCGCUGGGCCAGUGGGAAGAGGACAACGAUUUACAGUACAUCCAGAUGAUUGAUGUGGGCAGGAAAAUCGUCCAACACCGUCUCAGAGGAUUUCUAAGUGGCGGCAUCGUCUCGUAUCUUACCACAUUCAAUCUGUCGCCGAGGCAGAUCUGGAUCACCCGCCACGGCCAGAGUGAGGACAACCGGAUACACAAGUUAGGCGGCAAUUCGGAACUCACAGAGCGCGGCCAUUCCUACGGCCAAGCACUGUAUAACUUCAUCACUUACAAGCGAAAGGAGUGGCUCAUCCACCAAAAAAACAAGAUUGCCGAGUCACAUUUCCCGCCGAAGCCCGGCGAUAAUACGCCACCGUACCCGGAGCUGAAUCAGGAACUAGACGACAAGAAUUUCUGCGUCUGGACGUCGAUGCUCAAGCGCAGCAUUGAGACGGCGGAAUACUUUGAGGCAGAUGACGACUACGACGUCAAGGCCUGGGAGAUGCUGAACGAGCUGAAUGCCGGCGAUUUCGAGGGCAUGACAUAUGACGAGAUUGCGGCGAAAUACCCGGAGGAGUACGCGAAGCGGGCAAAAGACAAGCUUCAGUACAUCUAUCCCGGCGUGGGAGGAGAAGGCUACCUCCAGGUGAUCAGCCGGCUGCGGGACAUGGUGCGGGAGAUUGAGCGCAUCACGGACCACGUGCUCAUCAUCGGACACCGGUCCGUCUGCAGGGUCUUGAUGGCCUAUUUCAUGGACCUCACGCGAGACGACAUUGCGGAUCUCGACCUGCCGCUUGGCAUGCUGUACGCGAUCGAGCCGAAGCCAUAUGGCAUCGAGUUCCACGCCUACCAAUACAAGGAGGACAUUUCAUGGUUUGAUGAGCUGCCCAACUACAAGCCGCAGAAGACGGUCGAUAGAAACUCGUGA